CCAAACCCUCAUGACAACAGCACAAUUUUACCUUUCCACCCAACAUGUAGGAUUGUUGCCAAGAUUCUACAUGCGAUUCUUUCUUUCUACAUAUUUCGUAUGGCUUCGCCUUCGUCUGCAACAUCACCGUCCGUCCAGGUGCCGCAAGAAUUGACGAAACUUCGGCCAGUUGAAUUCAGUGACCUUGAGAGUGGUUUCUCAGAAACCCGUCUUGACGGCAAGUACGACGACUGCCUUUCGUCUCAUCUCAAAGCCUUAGCGCAGAAAGACAAAAAGCUUUGCGAACUAAUUCCCCGUCUCGAGGCAGAAAAGAUGAUUCAAGAUGCGGCAAACAGGAUCGAAGCUACAAAGAGAGCUUUUCUCAAAGAAGAAGCUACCAGCAGAAAGAUAUCCCCGGAAGGUAGAAAAGAUGAAGGCUCUUUCAAAGAGGAGGAAAACAAAACUCAGGUUUUAGUUCCCAUCGAAAUGCUUGAAAUUCAAGAAGAAAUCUCUCUAGUAACGCAACUUGAAGUCCAAUCGCUUACAUGUAAGCUCUGGCUUCGUAGAAUUCAGUUAAUUUGCCAGCAAGAUAAGCUGAGAUACAAAGAUCUCCGAGAUUUCGAGCGCGCCAUCCUCAGCGCCCAUGAAAGUAUCAAGGAGUAUCGAGGCUUUAUUCACAAACGAAGCCCCUUCGACAGGGAAAAGCGAGCAACUGACAUCAUGAUGAAUUACCAAGAUCGCCUGAAAAGUUCCCUCGUCAAAGCCUUAGAGGAAAAAGAAAAAUCUCAGUUUGAAAUGUUGGAGGAUGACGUGCUAAGAUUUCUUUCUAACUGGAGUCGUAUAAGCGCUUUGCUCGGCCUUCAAUUAGACUUCCUUGACCGCCUGGAAGAUAUACCGCCAGAAGACCGCGACCAUCUUACACUCUGCGACUGGAUCGUGACUUUCCUUCGAAAUAACUAUGAAUCUGUUGGCUUAACUGACAAAAGCUGCUCUAGCAAGGAAUUGCUUGCCUCUAUUGGUUUUGAUCCUCUGAGUUUAGGUGCUGAAACCAUUGUGGCGCGCGCGCGAAAUACGCAGCAACAUAUCGAUGUGUGCGAAUUGGCAGAGAUUUAUAUUGAAGACGAGUUCAAAUAUAAUAUUUUGCUGUCUCCAGUGAUUCGAAGGUUCCCCUUACAAAGCAAUUUAAUAAAUUCAUGGUUUCAACUCCCACGGAAUAUCGGCGUGAAAGGAAAGGUUGCCAAUCUGCUUUGCGAAGUCAACAUUCUAAACCUCGUGACAGAGGAAUCCCUCGCUUCUGGCACUAUCCGCUCUAAACUCAGCGAUUUGAUGUCAUUCAAAGACGGAAAGAGCGUUGUUCUAUUUCAUGGCACUGAUCAUCAAAGCGCUUGCGACAUUUUAUUUCGUGGAAUAGAUUUGUGUCAAGGACGACAGAAGCGAGACUUUAGCUGUGGAUCAGGAUUCUAUUUGACUGACAAUAACAAUGAAGCUUUGAACUGGGCAAAGAACACAACAGCGAAACCAGCUUUGUUAGUUUUCAGGGUGAAUCAAAAAGAAUACCUAGAUCACGCAGAAAAAUUAAACCUGUUUGAAAAUGAACGAAGAUGGCAGGAGAUUGUGUCUUCGUUUCGAUCGGGAAAGAAAACCGCCAAAACACGUAAGAGCUUAAGUGCGUAUGACUUGAUUGAAGGGCCAGUGGGAAGAAUGAGAAGGAACGAGAUGUCUGACGGGAUUGUGUUCGAGCCAAAGCCUUUCUCUUAUCAAAUGUGCUUGAAUUCUGAUGACUUCGCUGACACUUUUCGAAACACUCUCCAUUCAAUCAUUUUUAUGGAAAUCUGUUGAGGCAAACUACGCACUUUUCAAAAAUAACUGCCGAUGUGUCGUUCCGUGGUCAUGAAUUGAGACAAAGGCGUCGUUAUGCAAUAGAGCUCCGCGCGUUCCGUGGCGCGCACACGCGAGUAUCAGUGCCAACAACGAGAGUCAGUUAAUUUAAACUGCUCUUUCACGAGAAUUAUCGCAGUUGUAGUUACAAGCCCUCAGGAACUUUUACUCCAAUGCCGGUCAUCCACAGUCAUAGGAACAAAACCGACAAUUCUUCCUUUUCUGUCAAAUGACUGGAUUACACAUGUAGCGAAAAAACCCUAAAUUUCUUGACUUUGUCGUUUCAAUUUCCCGAUCAAAAAUAAAUUAUGAAGUAUGAGUCAUGUGAACAAGCUCGAAAAAGUCAUGCUGGAACUGAGAUAAAAUAUGUAAAUUGAAGCCGUCUACAUUUUGUAGAUACCGAUUGACCUAGUCUUCCCUCCCGAAAAUUUCAAGAAAAAAAAAUUUAAGUAACCAAAAUAUUCCAAGAUCUGCGAAGAUUGCUUUGCAAAGAGUUUCAUUUUAAGACUGCGAUAUGUCACGAUUUUAGUGAAGAAUUCACGGGAUAACUUAUUAUUGUCGAAAAAGCUGAAAACAUUUUACUAGAAAAUCUUUAUUAUUAUGAUAUCAUAAAGAUAACUGUUGCAUGUCUGAGGAUUAUAAAGUGACCUGGAUAAAGAGGUCCUAUAAGGCUGUAUAAUUUGUAAUAUAUCGAUACUGUAAGCUAAGUUGAAUAUCUCCGUCGGUUUUACUAUUCCAGUAUGUUUAUGAAAACUGUAAAUCCAGCCCUGUGUCGUCCUGAUGCGUCAAGAGGCUCCAGCAAUUCGUAUUUGCAUCGAAAAUACAAACUAAUCAGUUUAAAUUUACCAGAGAGAACUA